AUGUGCAUCGGACAGCUCUUUGUUGUGUUCAGUCAGGCUCGUCGUGCCUGGCAAAGAGAUGAAUUUGCCGGGGCAGCAUCUGAUGACGGGCAGCCCGUGACCGGUACCAUGCUGCGAACGCUCCUGUACGUCACGACUCAUCUGAGCGAGUGGCACACGUCGGGUCUCAGGUGCCUGUGGCCGGCCGCGGCGCGGCGGGCGCGGUUGCUCCGGGACGCCGUCGUCUUCAACAGCGGACGGCCGGCGACCGCCGCGCAGCUCGAAGCCGUCGCCGCGGCGUUCCCGCGCUACAAUAAUCGCUCCGUGGAAAUCUUCUCCGCCGAGGCGACGCGGCAGGUGCAUCGCAAGGCCUUUACGCUGGGCUCGACGAAGAAGCAGAUGGGCGCCAUCCUGGCGCUGAGCGAGGCCGAGGCGCGGGGCUGGUUCGACGGCUACGACUGGGUCGUACGACUCAACCCAGACGUCAUCGUCAGCGAGGACCGCUUCCUGCGCACGCACAUGGCGCGCGACGGCAUCGACGCGGUCCUCGCCUUCUGCGGGCGGUCCUCGCCUUCUGGUACCAGCACGAGCCGUGUCCACACGGACUUCAUGGCGUGGCGCCCGGCGACAUUACCUGUGUAGAAAUCAACCAGUGAGUUAGGUUAUCCUGAGAAAUAUUGCGUGGACCUUCGUGAGCCUCCACGCCAUCGAGCCGACGCGAUCACGGCGACAACGUCGCGUCGAUGGCCUGGAAACUCCACGCCAUCGAGCAGACGCAGCUACGGAGACAACAUCGCGUCGAUGGCGUGGGGCGCCCGAAAUUUGAUUUCCACACAGGACAUUACCGCGCGGCCAGUUCGCGCUGCCGCCGAAAGCGACGACCGUCUGCGCCCAGCCGGGCGUGAUGGAAUGUAACGCUGAACGCCACGCGCCCUCGCGCCCAUCGUCGCGUCGGGCCGCUACGCGGAGCUGCCCCAGACAUUCGGGCGGGGGCGGGGCGGCUGCCGCGUCGACAGCGCCACUCGCGUGCUCCACCACCUCCCGUGGGAGGCGGCCCCGGCCUGCGAUCAGCGACGGUAAAUUUUAACAAUAGUACGAUU